UGACGAUUGGGGCACCUGAUCCCACCGCGUCUGUAAACAGCACCGCGGACGGCGACAGGAUAGGGGAGAGGAUGGUGCCCACUGAAGACGACAAGAUAACUAAGCAAAAACAGUCAUAUUCAAUGUCGUUCGGUGUCCUGGAUAAUUUGUUUGGGAAACGCCUCUCGCAGGCCAGACAGUACAUCAUGUCCCAUAAAUCCUGGCUGAAAAUGGUGCCCACGGAAGACUGUGAUAUCCUAAUGACAUUCUCAGACACCAUAGACGACCACACCUUGCUAUGGCUGCUGAACCACAUCCGACUGGGAAUCCCACAAGUUACAAUCCAGAUCCGACAGCAUCAACACACACAGGGCUACGCAUUCUUUAUUACAACCACAUUUGAGAACUUGCUGCGUGGUGCAGAGCUGACAGGGAUGCGCAAAGUGGUCAAACCACAGUAUGGAGGUGGAACACAUAGGUUUUCCUGUGCAGAGGAUAAUAUAUACGAGAACAUAGAGAGCGAGCUGUGCUUUUUCACCUCCCAGGAGCGUCAGAGCAUCAUCAAGUACUGGCUGGACAACCUGCGUGCCAAACAAGGAGAAGUCCUUCACAACUUCCACUUCCUGGAGGGACAACCAAUCAUUCCAGAGCUGAUGGCCAGAGGAGUAAUCUAUCAAGUGUUUCCUCUACACGAGCAACGGAUCCUCAGUCAGCUGAUGACGUCAUGGGUCCAAGCUGUCUGUGAAAGACAGCCUUUGGAUGACGUCUGUGAUUACUUUGGGGUGAAGAUUGGCAUGUACUUUGCCUGGCUGGGUUUCUACACCAACUCCAUGCUGUACCCUGCAGUCAUCGGCUUCCUGCUGUGGAUCCUGGCUGAGGCUGACCAGACCAGCCAGGACAUCUGCUGUGUGGUGUUUGCCCUCUUCAACGUGGUGUGGGCGACACUCUUCCUGGAGAGGUGGAAGCGGAGAGAAGCCGAGCUAGCAUACAGGUGGGGGACACUGGACACUCCUGCCGAGUCCCUUGAAGAUCCUAGACCCCAGUUUCGGGGUGUAAAGCGGUGUAGCCCCAUAACAGACUGUGAGGAGUUUUACUACCCACCCUGGAAGAGGACGAUUUUCAGGUGGAUGGUCAGCCUCCCCAUCUGUCUCCUCUGUCUCUGCUUUGUCUUCCUGGCCAUGCUCAUCUGUCUGGAGAUGCAAGAGGUUGUGAUGGAAAUUAAGGAGUUACCCAGUAUCACAAGAUUCAUUCCUAAAAUUUUGCUGGCCAUCGUUGUGACUGUAUGUGGUGAGGUGUAUAGGAAGAUCGCCCAUUGGCUCAAUGAUAUGGAGAACUACAGACUUCAGAGUGCCUAUGAGAAUAAUCUCAUCAUUAAAAUGUUUUUUUUUGAGUUUAUAAAUUCUUACCUUAGCCUUUUCUACAUCGGAUUCUACCUCAAGGACAUGGAGCGACUAAAGGAGAUGCUAGCCACUCUCCUGAUCUUCCGCCAGUUUCUCCAGAACAUCAAGGAGGUGCUCCAGCCUUAUCUGUAUGAGCACCACAAACUAGGAGUAUUUACACCCAAGGUUGUGUGGGAGGUUCUCCAGGCCAUAGUGAUCAAGUACAGUCGCCUGGCUCUAGGAAAGGCCCAGGCUUCAUGGACUAUCCAAUCCCUGCUAGGCCCCAAAGGCCUUGCCACACAUCCUGUGAAUGGACAGACAGAACAGAACAAGAGAGGAGAUCUAAAGGCUGGCUACAGGUUCACAGAGGAAGAGUGGGACAUAAAUGACACACUGAGGCAGCGGAAGAUUAGUUUCAAUGAAAAGGUGGACGUUGCCAGGGACGUUGCCAUGGCGACCCAGCCCGAGGACAGCUUCCCGGAGGACAGUCCCACGAUGGUGGAGGAGGGCAUGGAUCCUUCCAGCAUCUUUGAGAUGGGCGACGAUGACAGUGACUAUGAGUUAUCUGAGACCAAGGAGACUAGUGUCUCCCCACCAAGUGGCUAUGACACGGUAGUAUGUCAGAGACGGAAAAAUCCAAUCCCAGAGAAAGAAUCCACAAAGUCCUGGAUUGACCCGCCUGAGGAGCCCAAGUCUGUCAUCCUCACCCAAGCAGAGAUGGAGAGCUGCAUGCAGACAUAUGAGGACACCCUGCAGGACUACCAGGAGAUGUUCAUCCAGUUUGGCUACGUCGUGCUCUUCUCCUCUGCCUUCCCAUUGGCUGCCAUGUGCGCACUCAUCAACAACAUUAUUGAGAUCCGGAGUGACGCCUUGAAGCUCUGCACAGGCCUGCAGAGGCCCUUUGGCCAGAGGGUGGAGAGCAUCGGACAGUGGCAGACUGCAAUGGAGGCCAUGGGCUUGAUAGCCAUCAUGGUGAACUGUUACCUCAUUGGCCAGUGUGGUCAGCUGCAGCGUCUCUUCCCCUGGCUGAGCCCAGAGAUGGUCAUCAUCUCCAUCGUGGUACUGGAGCAUUUUGCCAUCCUCCUCAAAUACGUCAUCCAUGUGGCCAUCCCUGAUAUCCCUGGAUGGGUCGCAGACCAGAUGGCCAAACUGGAGUACCGUCGAAGGGAGGCUUUCAAGAAGCAUGAGCAUCAGGCCCAGCAGCACUUCCAGCAGCAGCUGAGGAGGCGGCGUGAGGAGGAGGAGCUGCAGCGUCAGGCUGAGCUCCAGGCCGAGGCCCGGCAGGAGAGCGAGUACCACAAGGCUGACCACCAGCACCACCACGACAAGACCCAGGGCAAGCCUGGGGACAAGCCCAAGAGACCCAGCUCUCUGCUGGGAAACAACAACGUGAUGAAGCUCAAGCAGAUAUUCCCCCAGCAGGGGAAGUUCUCUACGGGCACGGCCCGAUCCCCUCAGUCCCCAACCGGGGCAGAAGCAAAACUACCCGGUUUCCUCAGCUUCAAGUUCCGGAAGUCUCCGGAGUUGAAGAAGGAGCCGUUGUCAGUAACACCAGCGCCGGGGACCGUGGUGACGACUGCUUCCGUGAACCAGGAGAGGUCUCAAUCCCCCAGCAGGACCUUCAGCCCAGGGAAGCUGUUCAGCUUCAGCAGGUCAGAGGGUGCAGUGGUCUGUGCAAACGGAGCUCAGCCGUCCAAAGCAGGUGAUUCUGGCCCCCAGGCCACUCCUAACACCCAGCCCACCAGGCAGGACUUGAACACAACUCCGUCAGGCGAGGAGCUACCCUCGUCUGAGAGCGAGAAGGGAGAAACGAGACUAUCUAGCAAUACUGACAACUCUGGCUCCAAGUGUUAGUCCAUCGUCAUGGCAACAUGGAACAUUUAAGAAAGGGAAGCAGAGUAGAUACAUUUUUAUCCUUGUUAAAAUGUCACCAUGUUAGAUGGAGAGUAUGAUAAAAUUGUUAUCCUUGUUAAAAUGUCACCGUGGUAAAUGCACUUCCUGUAGGUCAUCCUGAACAAGCUAAAUUAUGAAAUGUAAGGUCAGAAUGCAACAGGUUUUGGGAUAAUUCUCCACAAUCCAAAUGACAGUAAAUAUAGGCUAUAUCUGUUCUAUAUACUGACUGUAUAAGUGGAUACUAUGUACAAAUUGUAACAGUUUAACCCCUUGAAUGAAGCCCAAGUACCGUCAUUAAAUACAUUUAUAAGACUGCAUGACUUGUGGUUCUGAUAAUCAUAAAGCAUUCCUGUAAGAUCUGGAUGGCAGUUUCCAUUAAAGAUUUUGUCAAUCCAUUCAUCAGAUUUGAUGUCUUAAAAGCAUGGCGAAUCAUCUGCAUGCCUGAAAUAAAUGUCUUCAGUUAUUCAGCACCUUCUAAACCAAGCCAUCAUAUAUUCCUGCAAUAGGACAGAAUAAGUACAUUCACUGUGACUGUAAGAGAUAUUCUAUUUUUCUUGACUUUGUUUUUCUAUGAAUUAUUUUAUUACAUGAAGUAGUGAAUGUACCUCAAUGAUGCAAAACGCACUUCAAUAAACUUCAUCAUGAGACCACA